AUGCUGUCCCCUACGAGCAUCCGCCUCUUUGUCCAGUUACUGGGGUCUCAAGGUCUGUUGGCCCCAAAAAGUGAAUUCUCGCACUUUUUUGAGGCUUGGUCAGAUGAUAUGCAACGCUGUGUGAAUGGACGCAGCAAAAGGACGACCCAGGAUCAUGCUAAGGGAGGUGGACAGGCAGUAGACCAACAUCAAGACCAACAAGGUGAAACGAGGACCGGUACUACAAGUGGUAACAUUUCUAGGGCAAGAACUGCAGAAGAUCGUGAUCAGAACAAGAGCACUAAAGCCACUAGAAGUACAGUGGGGCAGCUGAAGUUCCGGGUCAUAAAAACACCAAACAGUAGCUCCAUCUCAGACACAGCAACAGCAUCCGCAAGUGCAGCGCCUUCGGGAACCUCACAGCCAAAGGCACCAGAG